AUGGAAGUGAUUGAGGAGCUCGCAUCUAACGACGAAGGAUGGAGCAACGAAAGGAGUAAGGCACAUAGGGUGGCUUCUACUACAAAUCAUGAUCAUAUGAGUGCCCUGUCCGACAAGUUGGAUGCGUUGACCAUGAAAUUUGAUUGCAUGAUAAUGGGGAAACCGUCUAGAGAUCCCCAAGGAAGUAUGGAGGACGUGAACUAUGUGAAUCAAGGGGGCAACAACGGGUACUACAAUAAUUCACGCCCCAACUUUCAUGGUGGAGGAUAUAAUCAGUACGGGAACAAGGGGCAUCCCAAUCUCUCGUAUGGGAACCCCAAUAAUGCUCUGCAACCACCCCCAGGGUUCACAGUCACUGAUGGAGUGAUUAAUGAUCCAAAGAAGAUGACCACAGAAGACAUACUCAAGUCUUUCAUGCUACAGACCAACAAGCUCAUGGAGCAUAACAAUCAAAGGAUGGAGAAGGUUGAGACAGAUGUGCAAUGUAUGGCCACUCAUCUGAAGAACAUCGACACACAGAUCAGCCAGAUUUCCCAGACUGUGAGUACUAUUACUCAACCGGGAAAAUUUCCUUCGAACACCAUCAUAAAUCCCAAAGGAUGUAUGGCCAUCCAUCUGAGGAAUGGCAAGACGUAUGAAGGUCCAUCUCUGCCUGAGACCACGAAGGACGCUAUUCUUGAGCCUAAGGCUGCCGCGGCAGAGAAGGAAAAUGAGGCUGAAAAGGAGAAUAUUGGCACCACUUCUGGAGUAAAGGUGUCAUUCCCGCAGGUACUGAAUCAGAAGAAGAAGAAAGAUGAGCAGUUCACUCGAUUGCUGGACAUCUUCAGAAAGGUGCAUGUGAACAUUCCUUUGAUCGAGGCACUGCAGCAGAUGCCUAAAUAUGCUAAGUUUCUGAAGGAGGUGAUAGCCCAGAAGACCAGUUGGGGGCAGGUUGAUACUAUUAAUCUAACUGAAAAUUGCAGUGCUCUGCUGCAAAGGAAACUGCCUGCCAAGCUGAAGGACCCUGGAAGUUUCACUGUCGACUGCCUCAUUGGGGGCUAUAAGGUGGAGAAUGCUCUCUGCGAUCUAGGCGCGAGCAUUAAUCUAAUGCCACUAUCAGUGUUCAAGCAACUGGACAUCGGUACUUUGAAGCCCACCUCAGCCACACUACAGAUGGCGGACAGAUCUGUUGCGUAUCCAGAGGGCAUCGUGGAAGACCUACUGAUUAAGGUCGGGGAAUUUAUUUUUCCCGUCGACUUUAUGGUCUUGGACAUGGAAGAAGACAAAGGAGUCCCCCUACUGCUAGGACGUCCCUUCCUUGCCACUGCUGAGGCAAAUAUAAACGUGAAAAAUGGAGAGUUGACAAUCUUCAUGGGAGAAGAAAGUCAAACGUUUUCCCACAAACCGAGAAGCAUGGAUGGAAGAAUUGAGGAGUGCUAG